AUGGCAACAACGAUUGCCAUGAUGGUGGUGAUGAGCCAUGCAACAACUCCAAAUAGUAAAUUUUGUGAAUUUGCAAGAUUGAAGCCUCUAUGCAAUAGAUUAGUGCACAAUGCAACAAAUUAUCACCAAGCAUUGAAAAACGCGUUUCGAGCAACUCUUGUUCUCAACAAAAGAAAUUCCAUACACCUCCUGCCUAUGGUCACCUCCGUGAUCCGCAACACCAAUUCCCCGUCGAGAGCAAAGAUCUUGAAGACGUGUCAACAGAAGGUAACUGAUGUUGCCAGUUACUUAACCGAUCUGAUAGAAGCAGUUGAUGAGGAUAAUAAAGACGCGAUUGAAUAUUACUUGCGUACAGGAGAAAUUACAUUGAGAGACUGUGUCGAGAGCAUAUCGGAGAUUGAUAUGACCAUCCCUCCCGCGCUUUCAAAGUUAGCUCAAGAUGUUGAAGAUUAUAAGGAAACCACUUUGGUCAUUUUCUUACAAGCCCCCAUUGAAACCGUAUAUAACAAACCUUUGCCAACUGAUUAUUCGGGUUAA